GGGGGGGGUGGACCGGCCAGCCCAAGCAUCAUUACCACUAUCGAAGCCUCCUCCCCUGCAUCUCCUCGCUCGUAACUUCUCCAGUCCAUGCAGCUGCAUACGCACCCAGUCGACAGCCACUUCAACAGUGUGAACAGUCCUGACCAGAUACCUUCUCACAACAUCAGCCUUUUCUGCCAGCGAGAUGGGCAUCCUUGACACUAGCUAAGACUCGCAGAGUAGUACCGCUUCCCUUUUAAUCGGCACUCGGGCCGUCACAACAUGUCGAGCACCAACUUCUGCUCUCAACCCAUCAGCCCGCGAACGAGCAGCGACUCCUUGCAGCACGUAUUGGCUGCAGAAUCGUCUAGUUCAGCUUGGACCUCAGAUACAACCCUCUAACCCCACCACCGAUUUGAGAUCGUGUUGCGACAGGCUUCGAAUCUCCGUGUCCGCCACCCUCGAGGGCACACAAAAGGGCUUUGAAUACCCCCCCCCCCACACCCAAACCGGGCUGUCGCCGCUCGUCCCAUUGACCUCUUGUGUCACGGCGUCGACAUGUCAGGAUCCGUCUCCUGUUCGCGCAAGUGGAACAAUGACUCGACUUCGCAGACGGAUGGAGCGCGCCAGCCAUCAGCACCUCUUCUACUGCCGAGAAGACGAGGUUGUUGACAGCCACCUCGGUGUCGGGUCACUCGGGACUGCAACCUCGCAAAGGAGCUUUCCGAGUGCGCAGUCAGGAUGGAGCCUUCCACGGUCGUGGCUGGAGAGGGAGCGGGGCGAGGUAGCAGCACUGGUUGCCUCUUAGGUUCGCGACGAUGAGGGUAUCGGAGAUUCUAUUGCCAUGUGUGUUUUGUUGUAUGUGUUUGCUCUGAGCAGGCGCUAUGUCUUUGACGAUGUGCGUGAUUAUCUUUCCUUCUCGGCACGCAGGAUGCUCGUCAGGUAAGUGGUUCAAUAGGUGUGCUCUCUCGAAGACAAGGUCUUGUAUUCUACCCAGGCUGGUCUGCCUGUAGUGCAUCAGCGUAAUGAUCUCGUAACAAAUCAAAUUUGACCAAUGUGAAAUAG